UGCCUCUUGCCCUUUCCCAGCUGCGGGUCGGACCGGGCCGAGUCGGACCACUCGGGCGCGGUCCCUGACCAUGGCGUCCCUCUUCAAGAAGAAAACCGUGGAUGAUGUAAUAAAGGAACAGAAUCGAGAAUUACGAGGUACACAGAGAGCUAUAAUCAGAGAUCGAGCAGCUUUAGAGAAACAAGAGAAACAGCUGGAAUUAGAAAUUAAGAAAAUGGCCAAGAUUGGUAACAAAGAAGCUUGCCGGGUUUUAGCCAAACAACUUGUUCAUCUGAGGAAACAGAAAACAAGAACUUUUGCUGUGAGUUCAAAAGUCACAUCUAUGUCCACACAAACAAAAGUGAUGAAUUCCCAGAUGAAGAUGGCUGGAGCAAUGUCUACUACAGCAAAAACAAUGCAGGCAGUUAACAAGAAGAUGGAUCCACAAAAGACAUUACAAACUAUGCAGAAUUUCCAGAAGGAAAAUAUGAAAAUGGAAAUGACUGAAGAAAUGAUCAAUGAUACACUUGAUGACAUCUUUGAUGGCUCUGAUGAUGAAGAAGAAAGUCAAGAUAUUGUAAACCAAGUUCUUGACGAAAUUGGAAUUGAAAUCUCUGGAAAGAUGGCCAAAGCUCCAUCAGCUGCCCGAAGUUUACCAUCUGCCUCUACUUCAAAGGCAACAAUUUCUGAUGAAGAGAUUGAAAGGCAACUCAAAGCUUUAGGAGUAGAUUAGACAACAAAGUCAUAGUAUUUUUGCUUAUUUAAUAUUAUUUAGCAUAAACCAGGCACAGUGCAGAUUCCUUUUACAAAACAAGUUUAUUUUGCAAAAAUGAAGACCAUGAGUGAACAGUUGUUUCCUAACCAACCCAUGGCUAUCUUGAAUCUUUUGCCAAAGAAUGACAAUGAUGCAAAAAUGGGAACAGUUUGGAUUUUAAUUACAACUAUUUAGGAGUGAUGAUGUGUAAAAAGUUGACUUCUUUUCUGCAUGGCAUAAAGAAAUUAUAUUCUUUACUUAGUGUCGGUUUAUGUUCUAAAUCUUUUUACAUUGGAUAUUAAAAUCUUAUUAAUUACCAGUAGGUACCAAUUUAAGAAGACUUGUAUAAACAUUAAAAGUAUAUUAUUAAUUCUGUAUCUGUUGCUUGCCCUUUAUAAGUGCUUAUGUGUUAUGACCGUAGAUGGUUCAGCUGCCAAA